UGAUUUCCUCCACAAUAUUAUUAUACGAAAAGUAGAAGAAAAAAUUAAAAAGAGGAAAUUUGGGCUCCUCUUUGUCAGUCCGUGCAUUGUGUGGCAAUCUACAGCUUGUCAGCCUUUUCCCCCCAAUCUCUCCUCUUUUCUCCUUCCUCUCUGUGUCUGUCUACUGCUUCUUCCUUCCUGGUCCUCGAUCUGGUUCAAAUUUGGGCUUUCUAUCUCUGAGAAACGGCGGCGUUUCUGACCAUCUUCCCUGCUUCUCCCUGCAAACAGCAACUGGAGAAGGUGUUGACUUCCUUUGCCCUUUGGGCUCUUGGGAGCCUGAGCACGAUAAGUUGAAUGAAGAUGGAGACUUGCCCGUCGAUUCCCCCAGCUUCGAAUUCUGCCUAUUUGCAGAAAUUCAGACUCUAUGAGACUCGUUCGCACUUGUAUAUGAUUGGAAGAGACAAAAGCAGAAACUUUUGGAAGGUGUUAAAGAUCGAUCGAUCUGACCUAUCUGAAUUGAAUAUCCUAGAAGAUCCGACUUCAUACAGCGAAAUUGAAUGCUGUGACUUGUUACGGAGAAUACAUGAAGGAAAUAAGACAAUUGGUGGACUGAAGUUUGUUACCGUUUGCUAUGGAAUAGUUGGGUUCAUUAAAUUUUUGGGGCCUUAUUACAUGUUGGUGAUAACCCAAAGAAGGAAGAUUGGUGCUAUUUGUGGCCAUUCAAUCUAUGCAAUCGCCAGGAGCGAGAUGAUCCCAGUUCCUGUGCAGUCGAAUAUGACUAAUUCUAAGAAUGAGAACAGGUCUUUUGUCUAUUUUGCAUGUAACUGGAACAAAUACUUGGUACUUUUAAGGAGACUUGUCAGAUUGGUUCUCAACACUACUCACUGUUUCUUUGUAAUUAGUCGAGGACCUUCUGAUAGUCAUGAUUGUUUUAUUUUUCUUCCAGUGAAUUGUUUGGGACCAAUAAUAUGGGUUUCCUGUCAUUAUCAAUUUAGAGUAGGCAUUUUCAAAGUUGCAGAAGUGAUUUCUGUACUAUAUUUGUCGGCGCGUGUUAAUUAAUGGCGCAGGGAUCUAUUAUUCAAGCUUAUUUAUAGUUCUUCCACUAGCAUUAUCUAUUUCUUCGUUCUUGGUGCUUCUUCUGCUUCUUUAUUUAUGCAUUAUUAGAAGUAGCUAUUUUCUUCUUGUUAGUUUCCGUGAUCUAUAGUAGCUGUUGCCUGUUGGUCUUGUUAUGUACAGAACAAAACUUCAUUGCUAGUGUAAUGUUAAUAUAACGUAUUGAAUGAAGCAAGGUAUUGGCAAGAGUUUGUGGGGGAAUGAGUCAGUUUCUUUGUUUCAGUUAAUUUCUGAUUAGCAAAUUUUACCUAGUUGCUCUGCAUAAUAUUUUCUCUCUCAUUUUGACGUUUCAUGAAUCGACUAACUUCUCUUGCCUUGUUCUUUGUUUUCUUCUUUUUCUCUUGAUGAACAAAUAGAUACAAGAAGCUUCUUUGCAUGGUGGAUCUUACAAGGGACUUCUUUUUCAGCUAUUCAUACAAUGUUAUGCAUAGUCUUCAAAAGAAUUUAUGUAAUAGUGAGACAGGAAGGCUUCAUUAUGAGACCAUGUUUGUCUGGAAUGAAUUCUUGACUCGAGGAAUCAGACAGAGCCUCAAGAACUCUACCUGGACAGUGGCACUAGUACACGGGUUCUUUAAGCAGGUGAAAUUAUCGGUGUCUGGAAGGGACUUUAAGCUGACUCUCAUUUCCAGACGGUCACGUCAUUAUGCUGGAACAAGAUAUUUGAAGCGUGGGAUAAAUGAGAAAGGAAGGGUUGCUAAUGAUGUUGAGACUGAACAAAUUGUGUUUGAAGAUUCUCCUGAAGGGCAUUCAGUCCAAAUAAGUUCUGUUGUCCAGAACCGAGUAUCAAAGAAGGAUAAAGCCUAUGAGGCGACUAGGCUCCAUUUUGAAAAUCUUGCAAAGAGAUAUGGGAAUCCUAUAAUCAUUUUGAAUCUAAUAAAGACACAUGAAACAAAACCCCGAGAAAGUAUACUCCGAGCAGAGUUUGCAAGUGCAAUCAGGUUUCUCAACAUGAGCUUACCGAAGGAGAAUCGUCUAAGGUUCCUUCACUGGGAUCUGAACAAACACUCUAGAAGAGGUACCAACGUAUUGUCACUUCUUGGAAGAGUGGCUGCAUAUGCUUUGAACUUGACGGGCAUCUUCUAUUGUGAAGUCUCGUCUAGUCCGAGACGUGAGGGCUUACCAAAUGAUGUCUGUUCGAAGGAACGCCAUACAAUUGAAUGUGACAAUUCGAGCGAGUCUGGUCCAGUAAUCAACGACUUAAAUAAUGAUGAUAAUAAGGAAAACAAGGUCAAGGAACCUACUCUUCAGAAGGGGGUCUUGAGGACCAACUGCAUAGACUGUUUGGAUCGCACCAAUGUUGCUCAGUAUGCUUAUGGUUUGGCGGCUCUCGGAAAGCAGCUGGAUGCACUCGGGUUUGUGGAAUUCCCAAAUAUCAAUCUGGAUAACCCAUUAGCAGAGAAUUUGAUGCGCCUAUAUGAAUUAAUGGGUGACACUCUCGCUCGACAGUAUGGAGGAUCCGCUGCGCACAAUAAGAUAUUUUCUGAGAGAAGAGGUCAGUGGAAAGCUGCAACUCAGUCCCAAGAGUUCUUCAGGACUCUACAGAGAUACUACAGUAAUGCAUACGUCGAUGCUCAGAAACAAGAUGCUAUUAACAUAUUCCUGGGCUACUUUCAGCCGCAGCCAGGAAAGCCAGCACUGUGGGAAUUGGACUCGGAUCACCAUUACAAUAUUGGAGGUCGUAAUCCUGAUUUGCGUGUUGAGAAUGCCAGGUCAUUGAUUAAGAGAUCAAUGUCUGAUGGAAAUCUACUAUUUGAAAGUGAAAGUGACUCAAUUGAGACGCAUACCAGAGUUGGACAGAAUUUACUCUUGGUCGAUAAACAACGAGGCGGUGAUAAGGGUUUCUCAGACUCUUCCCCCGAGAUCUCGACUUGUGAUAGUGACCUCUCUUACUCCAGGUUUAAUCCAUCGAUGACUCCCAAGCAGCUCUUUGAAGAUAUAGAAGAAGACCAAUACGAAAGUUGUCCCAUUUAUUACGAUGAACAUGGGGAUACGAGUAGCUGCUCAAAUUUCCUCGAUCUAGAGUGGCUCUCUUCAUCGGGGAAUUCCUGCGAUGAAGAUCCAAGCGACAGGUCUAUUGCUGGUCUGUCGUCUGAGAAUCUUGUGAAUGAAGCCAGAACAGAGAUGUCUUCAGCUGCAAGUGACUCCGGCUCUAGCUUGCUGGGAAGUUACCGCGCUGGUAGUAGCGAACUCGGGUGCAAUGAGUUGGUCGGUUAUUCACAACGGUUUGUUCACUGGGUAAACGAUGGCGUCACCAUGUUCCACUGAAAUGACAUUUCGAAUUUUGACUCGAGCUUCCCUGAAAUUGAUUCCCAUCCUAAGGAUGUGGAUUCACGGACAGAAGAACACAGAAAAUAAGAGCAAGAGUUGGGUGCGCUCACAUACUACAGCUGACGUCGUCGUGGCAGGCAUUAUCAUAUGUCGAUAACAGUUCCAAUGAGCAUUGGCUUGUCUGAGUUGUGAGGAAUGCCGGUUUGAUAAAUGAGCUGCCAGAGUCUCGUGAUUCAUUGGGACUUUUUAAGCAGUAAAAGGUUCCCCCAGAAACAAGAAAUCUGGAAGCAAACCGCCUUGUACAUAGUUGCUACCAUUAGACCUCCCAUUAUAGUGUUUCAGAAAUGAAUCUGCAUAGCAACAGUUGAUGAUAAGCUGACUGAGGUAUACUAUUUCGUCCGGCUGAGAUCUGGACUUCAAUUUACUUAUGGCUACUCUGCAAACCUUAAGGUCCUAAACUAGAAGAGAAUUACUUGGUUGCCUGAAUAAGAUUGGUUCUUUCAGUCGCCCAGGAACAAGGACUGCUUGGAAAGCAAUGGACAUGGACGCUUUGGUCAGUUCCAUUAAUCAGAGCACCAGAACCACCAUUGUUUGUGUUAGGAAGAACAUAAUUGAUAUAAAGGAGAACGACUCCAGAAUUUAAGUAUAAGCGAUCAGAGUCGCUUUGAUGCAGCAAUUGUCGAGAAGAAAGUAG